AUGGAGGAGCAAAACCGUAAGCCUACCAAGGCCAAAGUCUUUGUGCGUGUGCGUCCAUUUACGGAGGCGGAGGCGCAGGUUUGUCCGGAGGAUAGUCCUGUUCCGCGUGAAGUUGUUGUGUGGGACAAGCACCGCAUUUUGACUGUUCUUGACGCCGCCAAUGGCUUUUCCCCGCGGAAAAACGGCCAGUUUGACAUCGACAAUGUUUUGUGGUCAUUUCGUGACGAGGAACGGCCAAAGAUGGUGCUGCACACGCAGAAGGACGUUUACAGCGCUGUGGUCGCCCCCAUGCUUCCACAGAUUGUCGACGGUUACAACGCAGCAUUUUGCAUCGCCGGUGCUUCCGGAAGCGGUCGGAUCUAUUCGCUUUACGGCGAUGACGUGGACGGCGUAAAUCGUGGUGUCCUUCCACGAUUUGCGGAGAAUAUUUUCCACGUCUUUAAGCGAGAAAAACGGGAGGACAGCUCACUCACAUGCGAGAUGGAGGCAAUUGACGUCUUGCCCAAUGAAACAUACAUGGACCUGCUUGCGCAGCGGCGGAAAUCUCCUGCAAAUGCUGCAGAGGAGCCGAAGCUUACGAACGAUGCCACGGAAGGAAUGAAGCUGCAGGGCGCCACACGGAUUUCUGUGGGAAAAGCAGCGGAUGCCCUCAGCGUUCUGCGACAGCUCGCACGUGUAGUGCCGAAGCGCAGCAGCUGCCACACCGUUCAGUUCCGAUUUGUCGAAACCUUUGACUUUGCUGACCCAGAGCAACAAGACCAGGUGAUAUCAAAGUCCCGCCGCAUCAACGUCCUUUUUGUGCUGUUACGCAACAUGCCAGCCGCCUUCCAGCGGUGCAUCGAUGUGGCGGUUGAACACGACAGUGGGGAAAAUCCUUUGGCGAAGGUUCCAACCCGCGAAACGGCCUUCACGAAACUUUUUCCGGAACUUCUUCAGCAAGGAUACAACCUCUCCUUCCUUUGCUGCGUCAGCCCUUUCUAUGAGCACACACGCGAGACGGUCCAGACCUUGACCCUGGCGACGAAGUUUAUGAAGUUGAAGUGCAAGCCGAGAUUGAUACAGGACGAGGCGCUCAUGGAGCUUCGGAACCUCUCCGAUGAGGUGAAGAACCUUAGAACGGAAGUAGUGAAGCAGACGGAGUCGGCGCAGAUUGUGCAGCAUGAGCUCAAUGCACGUGAAUUGGAGCUUAUGCGGCAGGAAGCUGCCCACCAUGAAGCGGAGGUGAAGCUGCGUCGGACGGAGCGAGAGCUUGCGUUGGCGAAACAUGCCCUUGCGAUAAACCAGUUCCGCACGAGAGGGCACAGGAAGCAGUUUGCAAAGGAACGCGUUAGCAAGGAGAAACUUUUGGGUGCAACAAAGGCGGAGAAGGAUGAGACAGAUAAGUCCCUGGAGGCAGCAAAGAAACAAAACGAGCAGCUUGAGUCGGGAAAGAACGAGUGGGAGAAGAAACUGCGGGCGCAGGAGGAGAAGAAUGCGGCAUUUCAGGCCCGCCUUCUUGCCGAUGAGGAAAAAGAGAAGAGGAUUGGGAAGAUGCGGAAGUUUCUCGCUGCCUCGCCGGAGGAACGCAGCCGCAUCCUUGAGGAAGAGGCGAGAGAACAGGCCCGGAAUGAUGUGAAUGCGCAAAAGGCGGAGAAGGAGCUGAAGUUUUUGCAAGGGGCGCAAGAGAAAGCCGAUGGCCGCUGUCGCGUGCUGGAGAAGGACUACGCCGCCGUCUACGCCGCCGAAAAGGGAACGCGGGAGAAGGCGGAAUUGCAGAAUAACAUUGCACAGCUGAAGAAGGAGAUUGCGGAAGCGGAGGCGGCAAUUGCGCGCAUGAAGGCGGAGCUUGACAAGCGACCCCCCGGCUGUAAUUGUGUUCUUAUGUAG